AUGGCCGACGCACUGAUUGUAUAUCUGCGCCAGACUCUGCCCUCAGAAGUCGCAACCUUGGCAGAACCCUACAUCGCCAGACUUGAACGAGGCGAGUACGAAGCCAUAUUACAAGAUGACGAUGCCCGAGCGCUCGUGGGUCUCGACAACGACUCCAAGACCGAGGAUAUCAAACCUGAGGACUUCCCAACAUGGAACGACUACAUCUUCCACCGGCUUGGGGUCUUGUUGGCCGACCGAAGGAGGCCUGAGAAACAGAGCGUCUUCUUUUGCAUGGGAUAUGCCGCUCUGCUUGCUUUCCUGCAGUCUAAUGUCACGGGGCCUCCCCUGGCCUUUUCUCCCGCACAGUCACUCUUUACUCCGGCCGUUGCAGCAGACCAGCACAAGCUUCAAAAUGUGCGAACGGGUCUCCUCGAGAGCUUAGGGAUGGACGGUAUUGCUGCUUACAAAUUGACGCCAAAUAUCGAAUUGCUUUGUCUGGCCGAUGCAAUCUUCACCUGUCCUCCAAUCUUGAAGAAUAUUGCCGCGGCGAGAUGGGCAAAGCUACGAGUUGCGUUCUUGCAGCAGCGACUCCUCUCUGAAGUCUCGCCGUUUCUGCAGGAUGUCAUCUACGAGGAUUUACGGCUACUGCAAGAUCCUAUCUUCAACGAUGAGAUCAAUGCCACGGUGGGCAUUCAAGAAGAAUUCGCAUUGGAACGGGCUACUAUUCACAUCCAUCAUGGUCUGGAUAAACUCGCGAGAGAAGACCUGGACAGGGUCAGGCGGCAGCGACAGUUCGAGUUCGCCCUGGUGGGCCGGCUGGGCAAGCGGACCAAGUUCCAGCAAACUGAUAUUAGUCAAUUGGUGGUGUUGGCCAAGAGUAAUGCAGAAGACACGAAUGGUGCACCUCGAUUGAACGGCUCGGAAUCACAACCGGGCAAAUCCCCCGCGCUCGAUGUCACUGCGACAACAGCUCAAGCGCAGCCUGAGAACAUCGACCUGAAUGAUGAAACACUCCUAGAAUCAAUCUCAUUUACGAAAGCUCCGGCCGACGACUUUGCGAAAGUCGUUGCCGAGGACGCAUUGCCCCCAAACCUAGCAUCGCUGGAUCCCUCUGCGCAGCCGCAACUACAACCCCUGGACUCGACCAUCCUUCUCGCACUCGCUUCCUCCAUCACGAACACCUCGCCUGCGCAUGGGCUGACGCGGGAAGAGACCUUGCCGUACGCCACCCGGGUUCUAGAAGGCGGCAGUUCCAAUUGGCAGAUCUACACUCAAGCCCUGCUCGUCCGUAGCCGUCUGGAAGGCUACAGAUCCCGGACUGUCGAGCGCGGACUCCUGCAGCUGCAAGCACUCGUCGACCAAGUCAUUGCAGACACUACCGGUGCUACAACAAGCCCGACCAACGGUGACGACAGCACAGCCCAGUCAGCGACAUUCCUACCCAGACCCCAACAGUCCGAAAGCGCUUCGGCCUCCGAGCGACUACGAUACAUCUUCCAACUCGCCUCACCAUAUCGCUGGGACCUGGAAGGCGAGCUCGCAGCCCGCUGGGUGCAACUAGGCGGUCUCCGCUCGGCACUCGACAUCUACGAGCGCCUUGAGAUGUGGGCGGAAGCGGCGUUAUGCUGGGCCGCCACGGAGCGCGAAGAUCGAGCCCGGAACAUCGUUCGCAAACAGCUGUUCCACGCCACGGACAGCAAAGCAGAGCACACCGUUGACGAGUCGGAAACGUGGUCUGGUCCGGCACGACAGCCCCCUCCAACCGAUGCGCCGCGACUGUACUGCAUCCUUGGCGAUCUGGACCAUUCGCCGGAGAUGUACGAAAAAGCAUGGGAGGUGUCGAACCAGCGGUACGCGCGCGCUCAGCGCUCGCUCGGCCGAUUCUACUUCGCGGCCAAGGAUUUCGCAAAAGCUGCUCAGGCUUAUCGGCUGAGUUUGAAAGCGAGUCAACUGAAUCACCCCAGCUGGUUUGCACUUGGCUGCGCCUAUCUCGAACUCGCGGACUUCAGUCAAGCCGCCGAGGCCUUUUCGAGAUGCGUGCAGCUGGAUGAGAACGAUGCAGAGGCGUGGAGUAAUCUCGCCGCCGCUCUUCUCCGCAAGGGAAAGGACAUACAAGUCAACAAAGUCGCUCAAACUCCCACAGAAGCCAAACUAGACGACGAAGACGAAAGCGUGCACCACAGUGCUGAGCAGACCAACACCGUACAACAGCAACAAGAACAACACAAGCAAGACGCCCUCAAAGCGCUCAAGCGCGCCGCAACGCUCAAACACGACUCGCAUCGCAUCUGGGAAAACGCGCUCAUCGUCGCCGCCUCGCUGUCCCCACCGGACUACGCCACCGUCCUCACGGCGCAAAAACGCCUGCUCGACCUCCGCGGCUCCACGGAAGGGGAGAAGUGCAUCGACGUCGAGAUCCUCGAACACCUCGUGCGAUACGUCAUCGCUCUGAGCGAUACGUACGAUCCCGCGCAGCCGGGCGUGCAGCGCAUGACGGUGAAGUUCAUGGACGAAAGCGUCGUCCCUGUCAUCACUGGCUCCGCGGAGCUGUGGCGUCUAGUGGUCGAGGCUACUGUGCGACUUUGCGAUUCGUAUGAAAGUUUGGGGCCGCGGGAGAGGACUGAGGGGAUGGGGGCCGGGGAGGAGCUGGUGGCGAGGGAUUGGAGGUUUAAGGCUAGGAGUGCGGUUAGGGGGAUUUUGGGGCGGGGGAAGGGGAGUUUUGAGGGGAGUGAAGGGUGGGAGAGAUUGAGGGGUGUUAUGGAGGAUUUGAAGGGGUGA